GUACUGCGCACGGACUAUACUGUGGAGACAUAAUUCCUGAUACUGGUUGUAUUCCUGGAUUUAUCUAUGAAUGCUUUCCUAACGGUAACUCAUGUAUAAAAGAAGCUAGCAAAUCUUGCGACGAAUGCAAUUGCUUAGAAUGUCCUCCCACUUGUAAUAUCCAUAUGUCAUAA